AAAUUCGCUGAUUGGUCGAGCCUCGACAAGCACAUCCCCUUUCAUCGCCACACGGUGAAGUCCAGACCAGUCGUCGAGUCGUCAGCUCGUUUCCCUCCGCGUGGUUGUGGGUGGGGCCCUACCGUCCUCGCAGCGCUUCACAUUCCAAAGUCCCCACCGCCGAUUACACUUCCGCUUGGAGCCGAGUGCGCGCGCGUGCGUGUCUUACUUGAGCCACUAACGUCAGCAGCAAUGGCAACAACACACAGCAGCAAACAGAGCAGCAAAUAUGGGUACACGCUAAAUUUCGACUGGAAGCACCCGUGGCCGCGUGCCCCGACGCCCAAGAAUGAGGAGGCUCGUCUCGAGGAAUUGGCUCGGUACCGCAUCCUGGACUCGGAGCCCGACGAGAAGUUCGACAAGCUCUGCCGCAUCGCGUGCAAGGAGAUGAAGUGCCCCAUCGCGGCCGUGAGCUUCAUCGACAAGCAGAAGCAGUGGUUCAAGGCCAACAGCGGCCUCACACAGCGCCAGAUCCCGCGCGACGUGGCUCUCUGUGCGCAUACGAUCAUGCACGCCAAGCGCGCGCUCGUGGUGGAGGACACGUCGCUGGACGAGCGCUUCCAGCACAACCCGCUGGUCACGCGCGCCUCGGCCGUGCGCUUCUACGCCGGCGUGCCCAUUACCACGCCCAACGGGUUUUGCAUCGGCUCAGUGUUCGUGUUUGAUGUCAAGAGCCACCACAACGUGGACGCCAAGAUCCUGCACAAAAUUGCCGCCAAGGUGCUCAAAUAUAUGGACGAGAGACUCAAAAACAUGGCAGCAGCCAAUGGUGGCGCGUUGCCGGAGCCUGCACCGACGUCUCGGUCCAAUUCCACACCACCCAAGCGGAAAACGGUGUCCCCCCCUACAUCACAGGGUAGUACAGAACAACCCGCGGGGGAGACUGCACUCAGGGAACAACUACCGCCGGCUCCGGUCAAGCCCGAGCCGGUGGCCGAGCCCACGCCCAGCACGGAAGCCACAGCCGCCGAGAGUGGCGCUAUCGUCCAGGCAGCACAAGCGGCAGCAGCAACUAGUACCGCCAUUGAGGCCCAGGGACAGGGACAGGGAGGACUGGGCAACAUGGGCUCCAUGCUCAUGAACCUACUGGCGCGCACGACAGAGACGCAGCAGCAGCUCGCGGCACAGCAGGGAGUCAUGUUCGAGACGCUGGGCGAGCACUCGAACCAGUUGGACUCGCUGGGCCAGUCCAUGAGCAACCUGGAGAAGCGCUUCGAGCAGGUGCGACUCAAGAAGGAGCAGCAGCAGCGGAAUGCGGCGAACGCAAGUCGCAGACCCAAGCGCGUGUAAUCAACUUUUUUGACUCGAGAGACAAGUGAAUGAAGCUGCUCGAUUAGUCAUGGCUCGGAGCUGAGCGAGGGGGGCGAAGCAUGCAACUUGCAUGGACCGUAAAAGUAUCUAUACGCCUCCCCGUCCAGUCGCGAAAGUCAGGAAGGCCACUAGUCAACGUGUUGCAUUACAAAAUAUAUGUGCUGUGGCAUUUUAGUACUCCAAACUCUAUGUUGCAUGAAUGAAUGCGUGUUGGUACAAAGAUAUAUUAGAUAUAUUUGGUUCACAUUUUUUUUUUCUAACUGAAAACUUGACGUUGCC